AUGGCUGCUGAGAAAAUGAACAUCAUUAUUGAUUUGGAAACUAACUAUGCUGAGCUCGUUCUGGAUGUGGGAAGAGUCAUUCUUGGGGAGAAGGACAGAAAAAAAAUGGCAAAUAGUCAACUGAGAAAAAAGCAAAAUGAAAAAGUCAUACAAGCUGUGUGUGCUGCACUGAAUUCUGGAGGGGGAGUGAUCAAGGCUGAAAUUGAGAAUAAAAACUAUCGUUACCAAAAAGAUGGAAUAGGACAAGAUUUGGAAAAUUCUUUUUGUAAUAUUGUGUCAUUUGUCCCCAAAUACCUAGACUUCGUGCAGAAAGAUCACUACUUUUUGAUUUUUGUGAAAUCAUGGAGCUUGGAAACCUCUGGUCUUCGGAUUGCCACAUUGAGCUCCAAUUUGUACAAAAGAGAUAUAACUUCUGCAAAUGUCAUGAAUGCGGCUGCUUCACUGGAGUUUCUCAAAGUCAUAAAAGAAACUAGAGGGAGAUCUCGUUUAAGACCAAAAUUGCCUGCAAAGAGGGCUCAUAUUGAUGCACAAGAAGAAAAUAAUGUGGAAGUUUUGGCUGCUGACUUUUUUAACAGGACAAAACUUAUAUACAAAGAAAAGUUUGACUUUACUGAAUCCACACAUGUUGAAAUUAAAUACUUCUCAACAGGAAAGUUGUUACAACGCAUUAAAGAGAUUCUCCCUCAAUAUGUUUCUGCAUUUGCAAAUACUGAUGGGGGAUAUUUGUUCAUUGGUUUAGAUGAAAAAGAACAAGAAAUAAUGGGCUUUAAAGCAGAAAAGAGUGAUCUCAGUGAGUUAGAAAAAGAAAUAGAAAAGUCCAUUAGUAAGCUGCCUGUCCAUCACUUCUGUGAGGAGAAAAGUGAGAUAAAUUACUCAUGCAAAUUCCUUGAAGUAUAUAAAGAAGGAAGUCUUCACGGAUAUGUCUGUGCACUCAGAGUGGAGCGAUUCUGCUGUGCAGUGUUUGCUAAAGAGCCCAAUUCCUGGCAUGUGAAAGAUAACUGUGUGAUGCAGUUGACCACGGAAGAAUGGGUCCAGUUCAUGAUGGAUGCUGAGCCAGGUUGA